UCCGUAAUCUCACGAAAAAACCUCGAACGUACUACGAUUAUUGUUCUAGUGUUAACCAAAACUAUUACUAUUAUUACUCAUUAGUGUCGUUCGGUUUAUUAGAAAUUGUCGUAUUCCCUAGCACGUCGCUCGUCAUUAUCUUUACUAUUGUUAUCAUCAUCACCGUUUCGUCUUUAUCAUUAGUAAUUAUUACUAUGCGCGCACAACCGACAUCGUCGUGGCCGUUGUCCCACGUUCAACCGAGUGCCAGUGGAACACAUCGUCGCAAUUAACGUUCAAUUUAUUCGCCAUCAUCAUCAUCAUCCGUCGUGCGAGAGAACUAUUUAAUAUAUUAAAAGAACAAUAACAAAAUGGUUGGAGGGACUAGUUUAGUAGUUCCAAUUGUUUUAUGGGGUAAAACACCUUUGACACAUUGUAUUUCAUGUGUUUAUUUAUCGCCUGAUCAGCGAACACUAGUAACUGGAUGUUAUGAUGGACAAAUAUGCCUUUGGGCUGUAUCUCCUGAAACUUUAAAGAUGACUCCUAGAUGUUUGCUAGUAGGUCAUACAGCUCCAGUUUUGUGUUUAGCUCAUGCUAGUAUUGUUGCUGACAAUGCUUUUUUUGUUAGUUCUUCGGAAAAUGGUGAAAUGAGUACUUGGGAUAUAGUAGAUGGAAAGUGUAGAGAAGUUACUAAAUCAAUAUAUAUUCACACAAAUAUUCAGGCAUACCGCAUGGUCGGAACUGAGGACGUCCGUUUAUUUUGUAAUGGGUAUUAUGCUGAAGUUAUUAUAAUGAAUCCAUUUACAUUGGAAAUUAUUUUUUCCCUAUCAUCACGUGUUAAUCCUGAUUGGAUAAGUGCUCUUUAUGUAUUGAAACCUCAUACUUGUAAAGAUGAUGUAGUGUUGGGAUUGACUACAACUGGAACAGUAAAAGUAUGGACGUUAGAACAAAGAGAUUAUGGACCUACAGAUAAUCCAGUAUAUGAAAAUGAAAGUAAACAAAUCAGAUGUUUGAAUGCUUUGACUAUGGCUUGCUGUUCUCAACACCAAAGAACAGUGUUGAUUGUCUGUUCAAAAUGUUGGCAGAUAUAUGAUGCUGGUGAUUUCUCAGCUUUAUGUACAGUCUACGCACCCCGAGGUGUACGUUGGCUUGGUGGUGAAUUUUUAGCACCUGAUCGAGUUCUUAUUUGGACAGAUGAUGGAAAAGGUUAUUUAUACAAACUCCCCGCAAAUAGUAUUGUUGAAAACAAAAAUUUCCACAAACAAGCUGAAGAUGGUGAUGUACCCUAUCUAUACAGUUUACUAUCUGUGUCUUCAAAUACACACCUUUACUGCUCUCCAGCUAUUCGAUUUUAUGAGUCUCUUCAACAUGGGAAAAUAUUGAUAAGAGGUGAUUCAGAAGGAGCUAUAAAUAUAUGGAAAAUUCCAGAACUUUCUCCUGCUCAGCUAUCAGUUAUAAAAGAAAAUGAUUCUCAUAAAAAAUUAGCUGGCCUUUCUCCUUUUGUGUGUACAAGUUUGUCUAAAGCAUGGGAAUCUAUGAAACCCAAUCCUGUUGGAAUUCUCAACCAACUGGACUGCGAAAAUGUUCCAAAUAUUAAGUUGACCGCUAGUAUAUACCUGGCAGGUCAGAGUCGAUUAGUUAUUGGCCGUCAAGAUGGAUCUAUUGUUAUCAUUCCAGCCACUCAAACAGUGAUGUUGCAAUUAUUACAUGGAAAUCAUCAACACUAUAAAGAUUGGCCACCGCAUCAGAUAUUGGUGGGUCAUAAUGGCCGGGUGAAUUGUUUACUAUAUCCUCAUCAUAUGCAUUCAAGAUAUGAUAAAUCACAUUUAUUGUCUGGAGGAGUAGACUUUGCUAUAUGCUUAUGGGACUUGUAUGCGGGAACGUUGUUACAUAGAUUUUGUGUUCACGCCGGCGAAAUUACACAACUUCUUGUUCCACCUAAUACAUGUGCUAAUCCUAGAAUACUGAAAUGUAUUUGUUCAGUAGCAAGUGAUCACUCUGUUACUUUGUUAAGUUUAUCUGAACGUAAAUGUGUAGUAUUAGCAUCUAGACAUUUAUUUCCUGUUGUUACAAUAAAGUGGCGACCAUUAGAUGAUUUUAUGAUUGUAGGCUGUUCCGAUGCCACUGUAUAUGUAUGGCAAAUGGAAACUGGUCAUUUGGAUCGAGUGUUACAUGGAAUUAGUGGGGAAGAAGUUCUAUAUGCAUGUGAUGAAAAUACAACUAUAUCUAGUUCUGUGGACUCGGGUCUGGCGAAUCCUGCUGUACAUUUUUUUAGGGGACUACGCCACCGUAAUAUCAGUGCCAUUAAACAUGCAACACAGCGAGGAAUUCACCAGUUACAACAAAUGCAUAAUUCGUCCCAUGCCGAUGGCAUUGAUCAUAGUAAAUCCAGAGCUUAUCCUUUAAUGGUACAAGGACUCCGAACAAAUCCUAAUGAUCCUGAAUGCCAUAUAUUGUGUUUUGAUAUUGAAGCUUUAGUUGUGCAAUUGUUGAGUGAGGAGUAUGGGUUAAUGUCACCAAAAACUAUGGAAGCACAAGGUCUGAUAAACGCAACGGAACAUCAGAAAAUAACAGCAUUAACACAGUCUGUAUCAACUGAUGCUCAUAAAAAAAUUUCAGGAAUUUUACCUAAAAGGAAAGAUGGUUCAGAAAAUAUACUAACAAAACUUCAAUCUGUAAUAGACGGUUUUGAUAGCAAAUCUAACGAUAAAGGUCUUAAUCUUGGUGGAGUGGUGUGCCGUAAAGUAUGUGGAGCAAAUUUGACAAUGGAGAUCGCUCAGUUGUUAAUGUCUCUAUUGUAUGCAUGGGGUUUAGAUUUUGAAAUAGAUAAAAUUUGUGAAACAAAACUGGGAUUAUUACGUCCAAUGAUUCCUGUGUCGUUUGGUGUUAUUUCCAAAGGAGGUUUUAUGAGUUUACUUUUGCCUACUUGGCAAAGCAAUAUUGAUCUUGAAGAUAAUUUUGUAAAAUCUAGUAAAGGUCCUCUUAUGGACUUACCUCCAGAGAUGGUUCGAUUGGAAUUACUGACCCGACUGUUUACUGCUAGAACUCAUUGGGAAGUUAGCACUACAGUAACUAGUCAACACUUACUUGCCAUAGUUGCCAUAGCUAAUACACUUAUGUCUAUGAGUGCUCCAUGUUUCCUUGAAAAUACAUUCUCAAGGCAACUAUCUGUGAAAAAUCAUUCAGAAGAAGGAAAUGGUGAACAGAGUACUUCACAAGUUACUCUUAUUAAACAAGGAUGGGCUCAGUUGAAGACAUUACAUUGUAAGUCGUUACCUGAAAAAGUUGUUAAUCAUGGUUCCAAGAGUUAUAAACGUAUUCAGAUUGAAAUGUUGGCACAUCGUUGGCAACAUCAUUGUUUAGAGGUACGCACUGCAGCUCAAGAAUUGUUGUUAUCUGAAUUGGAACGAAUCGGCCCCAAAGGACGUAAAACAUUAGUUGAAUUCUGGGUUCAGUAUUUACCAGUAAGCAACUCAAACAAUAGCAUGAAACCUGCUGUUGUAAGCUCUAACAAUUUAACCAACCUAAAUUCUAAUGAAAAUGUUGAAUCAUCAGCCAACAUUCAAGAUGAUGAUGAAGAUGACGAAGAAGAAGAUUUAUGUUUAAGAAAACCGUCAUCUUUAAGUGAAUUACGUCGCAAACAAACAACUGCUGUGAUCUUGAUGGGUGUUAUAGGAUCUGAAUUUGGUCAAGAAGUUAAUGGGUCAGAUAAUGCCAGUACAUCAAGUCGUUCACAAUCUGGAUCAUCUGUGAGAAGAAAGAGUUCAAUCGUUGAAGGUUUCGGCAUUGGAAAUAAUAACUUAUCCAGAUUGACAAGUUUGGCUUUAACUCAAUUACUAUUAUCUCCAUCAUCCUCCAGAUUGCCCACUCAUAUGGCAUUACGAAGAGCUGCAGUUGAUCUGAUUGGUCGUGGUUUUGCUGUAUGGGAACCGUAUUUCGAUGUCAGCAAAGUGUUGUUAGGUAUACUAGAACUAUGUUGUGACAAUGAUAAACUGGUUCCCAGCAUGUCUUAUGGGUUACCUUUAACACCAGCUGCUGAUUCAUACAGAACUGCUCGACAUGCGCUGAUAUCAAUUGCAAACGUUCGCCCUGCAGUAUUCAUAACAACUAUAGCCAGAGAGGUGGCUCGCUAUAACAGUAUGCAACAAAAUACCCAAGCUAUGAAUAUGGCUAUAAGUAAUUCGGUUUUACAUAGAGCGAAACCAGAAAUUUUAUCCAUUGUGGAACAUUUGAUCGACAAAAUGCAUGUUGAAAUUACAGAAUUAUUGGUAGAGGUAAUGGAUAUAAUAUUGCAUUGCGUAGAUCCAACACAGUUGAAAACUCGCCCUCUGUCAGAAGUUUCGCCUGCCAUAAAUAAGUUCAGUCAAGUAACACAUUGUUCAACAUCUAGACGUAUAGCAGUGGGUACCAAAAAUGGUACAAUCGCCUUGUAUGAAUUGAGAUCUUCUAAAUGCCAGACAAUCAAUGCUCAUACCGCAGCCAUCUGUGCUUGUGCAUUUUCUCCAGAUGGAAAAUUCCUUGUCUCGUAUAGUGCUACAGAGAACAAAUUGUCAUUUUGGCAAACAUCUACCGGCAUGUUUGGUCUAGGAAAUAGCCAAACCAAGUGUACUAAAUCGUAUAGUACUCAGAUACACGACACGUCACGUUCCAGUCAACAGCGACAAAUCAAGUUACAUUGGGCGAGUAACCGCAGUGUUCGAUUUUUUUCCGAUGGUCUUGAAUCCACAUUUGUAAUUUAAAUUUACAUACAAUUUGUAUGUUUUAAAAUGAAAAAAAACAUUUCAUUUAUUAUGUAUGGAACUGUUAGGUCAAAAGUAUUUCACAAACAGUAAUACAACUUUUGUGGUUAUAAGAUUGUUGUUGCUUACACAUAAUGUGUAGCUUAUAAAAAUUUAUGUUGAAUUCUAAGUAUUUACUUGUUAUUUUAUGCCUAGUUAUUAUUGUUAUUAUUUUUCCAC